AUGAGCAGAGCUAGCAUUAAAAGCGGCAGUUGAAAGUUAGGAGUGUGCAUCUAUUUGGGAUUCAUUAGUUCUUAUACCACACUUUUGCAUUUCAUUCAACUACUAUUUAUUUAACACUUCAUUCAUUACAUCUUAUCACACACUCAGUACCAUCACAGUCCAUUUCUUAUGUUCUUUGCAUUUGCUAACUACACUUCCAACGUUCAUGGAGUUGCUAAAGAAACUCUUGUUUGCAGCAUGUCUUAUUCUUUCAGUCACCAUUGAUGGAACAAAGGCAGAUACCUUGGUCACUGGUACUGUCAUUUGUGACCAAUGUAAAGAUGGCCAGAGAUCCCUUUUUGAUUAUCCUGUUAAUGGUGCAAAAGUAACUCUGUCAUGCAGUGACAGCAAUGGUGAAAUAACAAUGUCAAGAGAAGAAACAACAAAUUGGUUUGGGAGUUAUACAAUGAGGUUUGAUGGUGCACCAGACUUAGGUGGUUGUUCUGCACAUGUUUCGGGAAGUAAUAAUAGACAAGGUGGAUCAAUGAGUUGUGGUGAAGGUGCUGGUCCUGCUCAAAAUCCUAGACUCAUGUUUAGGAUGUUUGACAUGGAGAUGUAUGCUGUGGAUCCUCUCCUUGCUCAACCUCCUCAACCUAUGCAAUACUGUUCAGCAUCUUCCAAUCCAUCCCCACCACCAAUAUUGGCACCACCCGUUUCUCCUCCUCCUCCUCCUCCACAUUUUGUUCUACCCCCAACGCCACAACUUCCACCACUACCUCCACUAGGACCACUGCCACCAGGGAUUUUCGCACAAGCUUCAGCUUGUCCGUCAAAGAUGUGGACAAUGCCCGAAUACGAAUGCUAUUGGAGAGGUGUGAACAGGGACACUAAAGUAGCAGUAGCUUUUGGAAUGGUUGCGGCAAGGAGAUAUGGAACAGAUAUGACUUUGUGGUAUGGAUUGAAAGGGAGAGGAGAUCCUUAUAGGACUCUAUUGAGAGAAGGGGUCACUGCACUUCUUAACUCAUAUAACAGCAUCCAAUUCUCAUACCAUCCACUUGGUGUAGUCACACACAUGAAUUUGGCAUUGAUGGGCUCAACUAGGGAUGUCCUCCACACUGCUUUACACUUCAUGAGGGCUAAUUCUGGGGCUGGAAAUGUUUCAUGCAAAUUCACUUCUUGCAAUUAAUCUUCAAAAUUUAUCUA